GUCGUCGCCGUUAAUGUUUGUCAGCUCAUGACUCUGUUAUCGGUCCACAAGCAUUUCAGGAGUUCACGCAAUUUUUUCCAAAAGAUUCGAAUCAAAAAUAAUUGGUAAGAAAAGAAAGAAAUUUGUAUAUGAUUUAUUGAUCGAGUCAAUAAAUAAAUAAAAUCGGUGACUAUUUGACGCAAAUUGCUAAUUUGACCGGCGUUUCCGGCAAGAAUAUACGUUCUUUAGCAGAAUAUUUCGUGUGUGUAUAACAAAGUUUAAAGCUGUCGCUGCAGUAGUGGUGGUCGUUACGUCGUUACCGUUGCCGUCGUAUCGUCGAGGACUGUAAUUCAAAUACAAAUAGAAAAGAAAAAAAAUAAUCAUGGCCAAUAAUUACACCGGGUUUAGUUACGGCGGUACCCAGUACAAUUCGACGGGUACACCGGGCGCAUAUAGUUCCAAUUCAGUUUCGUAUCCGGCUGUAACCAACGCCACUUAUGCCAACGCCGCCGCCUAUCAGUCGGCUGUAGCUGCUGGCAGCGGUAGUUACGCAGCUGGAGGUGCAGCCGGAGCUGCUGCUGCAAGUUAUGCAGGAUACAGUGGCAGUGACUACAGUCGUACGCCAUUACAGGCAUAUGACUCGUCUAAAACAUUUUAUCAACAGGCGGCCUCCAACUACAACACCGCUGCUGCGCCUACUGUCUCUAAGACUCACUACUCGGCUCCGCCGGUUAAAAAUGUGACCCCAAUUGGUACAAAACCUACGGUUGGCAAAGAUAAAAGUGGCGCUGGGGGUCCUGGUAAAUUGCCUGGAACCGCUGUGACUACAGCACCUGGAUCCUAUUCCAACUAUGAUGCUGCACUCUACAGUGCUGCUUCCAUGUAUGUGGCUCAGCAACAACAACCUGGUACUGGUAAUCCAGCCAAGUCUAAUGGUUCCGCAGGUGCUUCUGGAAACUGGCCGCCAUAUCGCAAAGGCGGUCCCGGUGGUCCUGGAAACAAAGUUUCACGUCCAAAACAAGCUCCCAGGCCGCAACAGCUGCACUAUUGCGAGGUUUGUAAAAUAUCUUGCGCUGGACCGCAAACCUAUCGUGAACAUUUGGAAGGACAGAAGCAUAAAAAACGAGAGGCAUCACUUAAAAUGCAAGCUAGUGCACAAACUACCUCGCAGAAUCGAGGCAAUAAUUAUCAUUGCGAACUUUGCGAUGUUACUUGUACCGGCACAGACGCCUACGCCGCUCACGUCCGUGGAGCCAAACAUCAGAAGGUAGUCAAAUUGCACCAAAAAUUAGGAAAGCCGAUUCCAUCGGAGGAACCAAAGAAGAUGUCUAAAAUAAAUUUUGUUCCCGCUGGCGGAUCUGCUGCCGGUACAACAACUAAGGCGGGUGGCGAUGAAGAAGAAAAUCCAGCUGAAAAUGAUAAAAUGGAUGAUAAUGCGGAUGAUGCCAGUAAUCAUGAAAAUACCGACAACAUUAAACCCGUGGGUGGAGAAUUCAUCGAAGAAGUUAAAGAUGAAGAGGGUAAAAUACUUAGUUUCAAUUGCAAGUUGUGCGAUUGCAAAUUCAACGACCCAAAUGCUAAGGAAAUGCACAUGAAGGGACGUCGUCAUCGCUUACAAUACAAACGUAAAGUUCAGCCCGAUUUAGUGGUGGACUUCAAGCCAACACCACGGCAACGUCGUUUAGCUGAAGCCAGGGCUCAACGAGCUCUAAUGAAUUCUCAUCGAGGUCAGAAUUCAAACUUUGGCGAUAAGCAGGCAUAUUGGGGCGAUGAACAACGUCGACGUGCACAGUUCGAUGAUGAGUAUGAUUACAAUAACUGGCUAGCACGCAGUUUUGGAGGUAAUCAACGUGGGUUUGGCGGCCGUAUGGGUAAUGGACCGCCACCAUUCUUUGGCAUGAUUCCUGGUGGUGCUAGCAUUCGCCGUCCGGAAAGUAAUGAUGAUCGUCAUGCCAUCGCACGUCAUGCACAAAUCUAUCCAAAGGAAGAAGAAUUGCAGCUUAUUCAACGCAUUGUUUCUCAUACAGAACGUGCAUUAAAAUAUGUUUCUGACAGCCUUGCUGAAAAUCCCAACGAUAAUGGACCAUCAUCAGCUAAAAAGGAGAAAAACGAUAGUAGUGCAGUUAAAGAUGGUCGUGACAAUCAAAUGCUGUCUUUCCAAAAGGAGGCGGACUCUGGAAAUGUUCGCAUUUUAAAGGGAGUUAUGCGUGUUGGAUUCUUAGCCAAAGGAUUACUCUUGCAAGGAGAUAACGCCGUAGAAUUGGUCGUACUCUGUUCAGAAAAACCUACGGUUGGUCUUUUGAAGGGAGUUGCUGCUGAAUUGCCAGAAAAACUGAAAGAGGUUGCAGGUGAAAACCCUGUUGAUUACAAAGUUGAAGUAUUAAUAGACGAAUCAGCAGUUUUAGUACAAGAUGAGGCAGUAUCUGUUAAAAUUUCGUUGACUUCGCCACUAUUGCGUGAAUCUCCGGAUGGUGGAAAAGUUGAAAAUACUUCGGCAAAUAACAGUGGCUCUGGUGAUGCAGCUUUGUUGCCACGAGAACCUUGUCUAAAGGCACUAGCUGAACUUCGUCAUGCCAAAUGGUUCCAAGCUAGAGCAACCGGUUUACAAUCAUGCGUAAUGGUUAUACGCAUUUUACGUGAUCUCUGUCAACGUAUACAAUCCUGGCAGGCGUUGCCGCAAUGGUCAAUGGAAUUAUUGGUUGAGAAAGUCAUUUCAUCAGCAGGUUUUCCCAUUUCACCUGGUGAUUGUUUGCGUCGCAUAAUGGAAGCCUUAGCUUCAGGUUUCCUUAUUAACGGUCCUGGUCUCUUAGAUCCAUGUGAAAAGGAGCCACAGGACGCUCUUCAAGAUUUGUCUAAACAGCAACGAGAAGACUUGACCGUUUCAGCACAACUAUUCUUGCGUUACAUGGCUUUCAGACAAAUCUAUAAAGUUCUUGGCAUGGAUCAAUUACCAGCUCCAAAAUUUCCAUCACGUCCAUGGCGUAUAAAUCGCAAACGUCGUCGUUCUCAGGGCAAAGACAAUACAGAUGGCGGCGAUGGAGGCAAUAAUGCAGAUGCUGAGGAAUGUGCAUCAGAUGAAAAGAUUCCUAAGAAAGAUGGAAACGAUGCAGCUGCCUAAGCGUAUAAACAAAAAUAAAAUACGUUACCAAUAAUAAUAUUAAAACAAAUAUUUAUCUACACAUAAUAAUUUAUAUAUAAUGCGUUAUAAUUAGAAUUCCCCGAGUGGAAAAAAAUAUGAAAGAAAAAGCAGAGCAGAUAUGUUAACAUUUUGAUAUCCGAACUACAAUAAUUGUACGGAACGAUUUGUUUUUUUUUCAGUUUUCAACUUUUUUAGAUACACACAUAAAAUAUGUCUGCAUACAUUAUUAUAUCUUAACAAUAAUGUAUUUUCCGUAUUACCAUGUAUUGAUGCGUCUAUGAUCAAUAUGAUCAUUAUAAUAAAAUAUUAUAAACUUAUGUAUGUAUGAAUAAAACAUACUAAUUUAUAUGUAUGUAUGUAGUAUGUUGACAAUGAAGACAACAAAACCAACAUCUAAAUAUAAUCUCUUGAAUUUUAAAUAAAAUAAACUCAAUCAGAAUUAAAAUCAUCGGAA